AUUCUGUAUAUUUAUUUAGCUAUCUACGCAUAUCCUAAUCAAGUCGUAUAAUCUUCGAAGCUGUUCGUGUAUAUAUAUUUCAGCCAAUGUUAAAAUUCAGAUUCCAAAUCACCACGGUGCGUUUUUACGCACGUUUACGUACGGCUAUCCUGUAGAAUUCGAGCUGGUGCAGUCCUGUUUCAGGUGGAUGGUGUUUGUAUUCGGGCUGCUUGUGUGUGUAAAAUGUAGACAGCGAUAGGGGCCUCAAUACAUGUCAUUUAUCCACAUAUCCACUCUAGUGGCGAUUAUGGAUUAUAUCCUCCCUGGUUGCACUGGCUUGAAUAGUAGGUUUCUCAACCUUGUGCGCACGAUUGUUUUGUUAUUUUUUUGUUUGUUCCUAUUAUGAAUACUAAAUGUAAGUUAGGUUAAAUGCAGACACAGCUGAGGCUGAUUCUGCAGCAGCUUUUACUGAGCCUGUUUCUAACCCUCUGCUGUGUCUUUUUUAUCCAGGUUGCUUCCAGGUGGGGGAGAGGUGGACAAUCACCUUCGACAUGUCCGCCAUAUCGGCGAGGGACAGCGUCCAGCUGUCGGAGCUCCGCGUGCACCUGCCAGAGUUUUCCGCCGCCAAGCGCGUGACCGUGGACGUGUACCACUCCCUCAGGCAGGUCUGCGGGCACGCGGGGCCCUGCCGAGAGGAGCGCCUCCUGCUGGGCAGCUUCGGCGCAGUGCCGGGCGCCACCGAGUCGGCCUGGAAAGUCUUCAACGUGACGGGCAUAAUCCAGGCCUGGCUGCGCCGGCAACGAGGGGGGGCCACGGCAGCCGGUCGGGAGGGCGAGCGGGACGAGGGGCGGGGCGGGAAGGUCCAGCACCCGACGGCCAACCGGGUCAUGAUGGUGGUGUUCUCCAAGCAGACCGCGCCUCGCGACGGGCAGCGGGCGCCGACGCUCAUCCGCGCGGUGGAGAGCUCCAAGUACGUGGCCCAGGAGCGGCCGUCCGGCAGGGAGCCCGCGGGCCGCCGGCACAAGAGGGACCGCAGCGGCGGCAGGGAGAGCGUGCGGGCGGCGGGGGGCGCCGCGGCCGGCUCCUCCGCCGCCGCCUCCGAGCCUGGCCGGGGCACGCUCUGCCGGAGGGUGGACAUGUGGGUGGACUUCGACCAGAUCGGCUGGAACCAGUGGAUCGUGUACCCCAAGCGCUACAACGCCUUCCGCUGCCAGGGCGAGUGCCCCAGCCCCGUGGACGAGGACUUCAAGCCCACCAACCACGCCUACAUGCAGAGCUUGCUGAGGAUGCAUCACCCGUCGAGAGUGCCGUGCCCGUCCUGCGUGCCCACGCGGCUCAGCCCCCUCUCCAUGCUGUACUACGAGGACGGCGAGGUGGUGAUGCGGCACCACGAGGACAUGGUGGUGGAGGAGUGCGGCUGCCACUGAGCGCGCCCCGCGACGGCCCGGUAUCGGCCCAACUGCAAAAAAAAAAAAAAGCCAACGCGUCGCCGUCGGCCCAGCGCUGGCCCAGCGGCGCGCGCCGCCUCUGCGUUGCCUAGGCGACCGGCCCGCGUGUCUGCCUCACGGCUCAGAGACUCCCAGACAGGAACGCCGCUCUGAGGCCACGGGGAGGAGAAACGAAUCGAAAUACGUCUUUGUAUUUUUACAAACGUGUUUAAAUCUACCUGCAUUGCAUUUGGUACUUCAUACGAGCUCUUUUGACUUGUAUCGGAUAAACGGAUAAAGUUCGACAACCUUAAUGCACUGAUAUUUAAGAUUUAAGUUUGCCAUGUGGAUGUGUAGUAAAAAUAUAUCAUUUUAUAAAUGUCAAGACCUAAUGCAUCACAUUUGUCACAUUACUUGGAGAGAUCACAGCCAACUAGGUUUGAGAUGAAUGUACUUGCUUGCCCCGUUUCUGAAUGUAGCCUUUUAAAAGAGCACCUACCUAGUCAAAGUUAUAGUUUUAUACAGGUACUUAUGAUGUAUACACAGUUCUAUUUUUGUAAAGUGAUCAUGUGAGAAAUUAAUUUAAU